UUGGCCCAUCAUUUAGUUGGCUUACGGCAGCGGUACGUGCUGCAUGCGUGCGGUCGGUUCGAAGUUCUACACAAGUACCUCCUUGCAACCAAAAAAACACACAGCUGCAGGAUAAGUGUGCCACUCUGCGGCAGCGAAGAAUAAGCAUCUAAGUCAGGAUGUAUUUACCGUACGCGCAAUUGCCGGAUCCCACGGAUAAAUUCGAGAUCUACGAGGAGAUAGCCCAGGGCGUCAAUGCCAAGGUAUUUCGGGCCAAGGAGCUCGACAAUGAUCGGAUCGUGGCCCUAAAGAUCCAGCACUACGAUGAAGAGCACCAGGUUUCCAUCGAGGAGGAGUAUCGCACUCUGCGGGACUACUGCGACCAUCCCAAUCUCCCCGAGUUCUAUGGCGUCUACAAGCUGUCGAAACCAAACGGACCUGAUGAGAUCUGGUUCGUCAUGGAGUACUGCGCUGGAGGAACAGCAGUGGACAUGGUUAAUAAGCUUUUGAAACUGGAUCGUCGAAUGCGAGAGGAGCACAUCGCCUACAUCAUCCGGGAGACUUGCCGUGCUGCUAUCGAGCUGAACCGUAAUCAUGUCCUGCAUCGGGACAUUCGGGGAGAUAACAUUUUGUUGACCAAAAAUGGACGGGUCAAGCUUUGCGAUUUCGGCUUAUCCCGUCAGGUGGAUUCCACGCUGGGCAAGAGGGGCACCUGCAUUGGAUCUCCCUGCUGGAUGGCUCCCGAAGUGGUGUCCGCCAUGGAAUCACGCGAACCGGACAUCACCGUUCGUGCCGAUGUCUGGGCCUUGGGAAUCACCACCAUUGAGUUGGCCGAUGGAAAGCCACCAUUCGCUGACAUGCAUCCCACUAGGGCCAUGUUCCAGAUCAUUCGCAAUCCACCGCCGACCUUAAUGCGACCCACUAAUUGGUCACAGCAGAUCAAUGAUUUUAUAUCCGAGAGUCUGGAGAAAAAUGCCGAAAAUCGUCCAAUGAUGGUUGAGAUGGUGGAGCAUCCAUUCCUCACGGAGCUCAUCGAAAACGAGGACGAGAUGCGAUCGGACAUCGCGGAAAUGUUGGAACUCUCCCGGGACGUAAAGACUUUGUACAAGGAGCCGGAAUUGUUCGUGGACCGCGGCUAUGUGAAGAGGUUUGAUGAGAAGCCGGAGAGAAUGUAUCCGGAGGACUUGGCUGCCUUGGAAAAUCCCGUGGAUGAAAACAUAAUCGAGUCACUGCGUCAUCGCAUUUUGAUGGGGGAAUCGUACAGUUUCAUUGGCGAUAUCCUGUUAUCCUUGAAUUCCAAUGAAAUCAAGCAGGAAUUUCCGCCGGAGUUCCAUGCCAAGUAUCGCUUCAAGUCGCGUUCGGAGAACCAGCCGCAUAUUUUCUCGGUGGCCGAUAUCGCCUACCAGGAUAUGCUGCAUCAUAAGGAACCGCAACACAUCGUGCUCUCCGGAGAGAGUUACUCGGGCAAGUCCACAAAUGCCCGGCUGCUGAUCAAGCAUCUGUGCUACCUGGGCGAUGGAAAUCGUGGGGCCACCGGACGCGUGGAGAGCUCCAUCAAGGCCAUUCUGAUGUUGGUGAAUGCAGGAACUCCGGUGAACAACGACUCCACCAGAUGUGUUCUACAAUACUGCUUGACCUUCGGAAAAACCGGCAAGAUGAGUGGGGCCGUUUUCAAUAUGUAUAUGCUGGAGAAACUACGAGUCGCCACUACGGAUGGAACCCAGCACAACUUCCACAUCUUCUACUACUUCUACGACUUUAUCAAUCAGCAGAAUCAGCUCAAGGAGUACAAUCUGAAGGCUGAUCGCAAUUAUCGUUAUCUGCGAGUUCCGCCAGAGGUUCCGCCAUCGAAACUCAAGUAUCGUCGUGAUGAUCCCGAGGGUAAUGUGGAGAGGUACAGGGAGUUCGAGAACAUCCUGCGGGACAUUGAUUUCAAUCACAAGCAAUUGGAAACGGUUCGCAAAGUUCUGGCUGCCAUUUUGAAUAUUGGCAACAUCCGUUUCCGGCAGAACGGAAAGUAUGCGGAAGUGGAGAACACCGACAUUGUGUCCCGGAUCUCCGAGCUCCUCCGCGUGGAUGAGAAAAAGUUCAUGUGGUCUCUGACCAACUUCAUCAUGGUCAAGGGCGGCAUCGCCGAGAGGCGACAGUACACCACUGAAGAAGCCAGGGAUGCACGCGAUGCGGUGGCCAGCACGCUAUACUCUAGAUUGGUGGACUUUAUAAUCAACAGGAUCAACAUGAACAUGUCCUUCCCACGGGCUGUGUUUGGCGACACAAAUGCCAUCAUUAUCCACGACAUGUUUGGCUUUGAGUGCUUCAAUCGAAAUGGUCUGGAGCAACUAAUGAUCAAUACUCUAAACGAGCAAAUGCAAUAUCACUACAAUCAGCGCAUUUUUAUCAGCGAAAUGCUGGAAAUGGAAGCUGAAGACAUUGACACCAUCAACUUGAAUUUCUAUGACAACAAGACGGCCCUGGAUAAUCUGCUAACCAAACCGGAUGGCCUGUUCUACAUCAUUGACGAUGCCUCACGCUCCUGUCAAGAUCAGGAUUUGAUUAUGGAUCGCGUUUCGGAGAAGCACAGCCAGUUUGUGAAGAAGCACACUGCCACUGAAAUAUCCGUGGCUCAUUACACGGGCCGCAUCAUCUAUGAUACGCGCGCCUUCACCGACAUCAACCGGGACUUUGUGCCGCCGGAAAUGAUCGAGACCUUCCGCUCCUCCCUGGAUGAGAGCAUCAUGCUCAUGUUCACCAAUCAACUGACCAAGGCUGGCAAUCUCACCAUGCCAUUCGAGGCAGUGCAGCAUAAGGAUGAAUCUGAACGGAAGUCAUAUGCCUUGAAUACCCUAAGUGCCGGAUGCAUCUCCCAGGUGAACAAUCUCCGUACCCUGGCGGCCAACUUCCGAUUCACCUGCCUGACCCUGCUCAAAAUGCUAAGCCAGAAUGCAAAUCUCGGCGUGCACUUCGUCCGCUGCAUUCGCGCUGAUCUGGAGUACAAGCCCAGAUCCUUCCACUCGGAUGUUGUUCAGCAACAGAUGAAGGCCUUGGGAGUUCUGGACACUGUUAUUGCUCGCCAGAAGGGAUUCAGCUCACGGCUGCCAUUCGAAGAGUUCCUAAGGCGAUACCAAUUCCUUGCCUUUGACUUUGAUGAGCCCGUGGAAAUGACCAAGGAUAACUGUCGUCUAUUAUUCUUGCGCCUCAAGAUGGAAGGCUGGGCCUUGGGCAAGACCAAGGUGUUCUUGCGCUACUAUAACGAUGAGUUCUUGGCCAGAUUGUAUGAGCUGCAGGUGAAGAAGGUCAUCAAAGUGCAGUCCAUGAUGCGAGCUUUGCUAGCACGAAAACGAGUUAAGGGCGGCAAAGUGUUCAAAUUGGGCAAAAAGGGACCGGAACAUCAUGAUGUGGCCGCGUCCAAAAUACAAAAAGCCUUCAGGGGAUUCCGCGACCGCGUCCGCCUCCCUCCGCUAGUCAACGAGAAGUCCGGCCAACUUAACGAGAACACCGUUGACUUUAUCCGCCCGUUUGCCAAGAAAUGGCGCGAGAAGUCCAUCUUCCAGGUCCUCCUGCACUACCGCGCGGCUCGCUUCCAGGACUUUGUCAAUCUCUCACAGCAGGUCCACAUCUACAACCAACGAAUGGUGGCUGGCUUGAAUAAAUGUACUCGGGCUGUGCCCUUCGAAAGGAUCAACAUGCGCGAGGUGAACUCCUCCCAGCUCGGACCACUGCCAGUGCCCAUAAAGAAGAUGCCAUUCCGCCUGGAUCAGAUACCCUUCUACGACACCCAGUAUAUGGUGGACCCGGCCAACUCCAUUUCCCGCCAAACCUUCCCCAAUCAGCUACUAACGCAGCACAUGGAGGACGAUGAGCCUUGGGACAGCCCUCUGCAACGCAAUCCCUCGAUGACUUCUUGUGCCCUGACCUACAAUGCCUAUAAGAAGGAGCAGGCUUGCCAGACCAACUGGGAUCGCAUGGGCGAGAGCGACAAUAUCUACAAUCAGGGCUACUUCCGAGAUCCCCAACAGCUGAGGAGAAAUCAAAUGCAGAUGAACAUGAAUGCCUACAACAAUGCCUACAACAGCUAUAACAGCAACUAUAACAACCAGAACUGGGGCGUACAUCGAUCCGGAUCCAGGCGCAACUCCUUAAAGGGCUAUGCGGCGCCUCCACCUCCUCCUCCACCAAUGCCCUCAUCCAACUAUUAUCGCAAUAAUCCGAACCAGCAGCAAAGCAACUAUCAGCCAAGAUCCUCGUAUCCACCAUCGGAUCCAGUUAGAGAACUCCAGAACAUGGCUCGCAACGAGGGUGAUAACUCUGAGGAUCCACCAUUCAACUUUAAGGCCAUGCUGCGCAAGACUAACUAUCCGAGGGGAUCCGAGACCAACACCUAUGACUUUAACAAUCGCCGGGGAUCGGACAGUGGUGACCAACACACGUUCCAGCCGCCAAAGCUACGUUCGACAGGUCGCCGGUACCAGGACGAUGAGGGCUAUAACUCAUCAUCGGGAAACUAUGGUGUGUCUAGGAACUUUGGCCAGCAGCAGAGGGCUCCGAAUUUGAGACAAUCUCAGGCCAGCGUGGGUCGCAGCUUUGAAGAUAGCAAUGCCAGGUCCUUCGAGGAGGCAGGAUCUUAUGUCGAGGAGGAGAUUGCACCUGGAAUCACUCUUUCAGGCUAUGCCGUCGAUAUCUAAAACUAGUGAUUAAGAGUAAAAAUAUAAAAUUAAUUGUUAUGAAAACCAUAAGACAAUUUAGCUAAAAACCCACCUAAAAUUCCAUCAUAAUGACUGAAGUUUUCUUCAUCACUUUCUUAAAAAUGUUUCACACAAUGGAAUAAAUAAAAUGGCUUGGUAUAAAUCGUUAA